GCCUGCAAAGUGCUAAAGAACUUACAGAUUGUGGCCUUUUAUUUUUGCAUCCUGCUGUGUAAAUGACCCUCAAACAGGAUUGAACUCAGGAGCCGUCGCACACUUGCAAUGACUCUCAUUCUUGCCUUCCCUUUCCAGUUAAUACUUGUGAAUAUGUAUUGGAGCAAAUCUCUGGAUUCUGACUCCUCAAGUGCAACAAAACGGCUCGACUGGAAGUGAAAGUGCAGCACAACCUCUAUUCAGACCCCACAUCUCUGUGAUUAUUAAGGGGAUAUAAAUAUUUAAAGUGUGGAGCAGAGAAGACAUCAUUGUAGCUGUCAAUGUCCAACAACAGUAGCUGCCAGUUUAGUCCAACUGUCUACCUCUCCGGUUACUCCAUUAUCCUGACCCUGGGUCUGUUUCUGAAUAUUACUGCUCUAUGGCUCUUUAUCAUUCGUCUGCCGAGUCUCCGAUCUCCAACAAAGGUCUACAUGAAGAACCUGGCCUUUGCCGACUUCCUACUGGUGUGCACUCUUCCUCUGAUGAUUUAUCAGCAUGCUGCUCCUCAUGAGACGGACUUCAUAAAGAUUAAAACUCUGUGCACCAUUGGUGCCAUCUUCCUCCUUCUCAAUAUGUAUGGCAGCAUCUUCUUAUUGGCUUGCAUCAGCUUGGACCGCUGUUUGGCCAUAUGCUUCCCUCUCAGAUCCCAAAGGUUUCGUAGAUUUGCACCCUGGGUCUGCGCUGGGGUCUGGAUGCUGAAUCUUGGAGCUUGUGGUACGUUUCUCUUAAACCGCUCCUCAAAUUCUACUUCUACCAAUGAAUGUUUUCCAAGCCACCCUCAUUUAUUGACCAAGCCGGUUCCCACCAUAGCUUCCUUGUUCAUGGGUUUCCUGGUUCCUCUGGGAAUUAUGGUUGUUAGCUCUUGCUCUCUGUUAAGGGCAGUCAGUAAAAGUCAGUCCGCCCAAGAUGGGAAAGUGAACAGAAGUAAACUUGUCCAUAUGUUAACUGCCAACUUGGCAAUUUUCCUCUUUUGCUUCCUACCCUACCACGCUGUCCUCCUCUCCUAUCAGAUCUGGACCAAAGGCUGUAUCCUGAAUGAGGCCUACAAAAUUGCUCUGUUAAUGGCCUGCAGCAAUACUGUGCUGGAUCCUAUAGCCUAUUACUUUGCCGCAGAGACUAUGCAGAAGAAGAUUGUUGAAGAGAAAAUCAGACUGGCAGGAGGGUCUGGGGGAGAAAAUGAAAAGAACCCCAGUUUCAAUCUAAUGGCGUGUCAUAAGGGAAUGCAAGCCUGAGUAGAUGAUGGUGCUAUUCAUAUGAAGUAAGCCUUAUCUGUGAGCUGCUGGACAUAUUCACACAGAUGACAUUCUCAGCCCCUCCAGUGCUCUUUCUAACCUGAUAAGGCAUCAUAUGCAAGCGGUUGGUGGAGUUUGCGCAUGCUCCAUGGGAUACCACCUAUCUUCAAGAGCCUCUGGAUCUGUGUGUGAGCUGAUGAACUGAUCACAAUCUAGUGACUCGUAUAUCAUAGGGCUUCUGUACACAUAUUUAUCUAUCAAACUGAGAUAGAUGUUGAAAUGUCUGUCCCUUUACAGAAUGGUGCAUGGUUAAGACAUUUGGCAUAGGAUAGCAUGACCACACCUUAAUCCCUGCCAAGUGGGUUCUGCUUUAAGUGUUGGACGGGCCUACUAGAGGACCUACUGGUGGAGCCAGUCAAAAUGUGCCCCAGCUGAGAAGAAUUCAAUCCAUCCUUAUUUCCACCUUGGGCUUUUAUAAUAAUAACCAAUACUAUUUGGCGCUAUCAAUAUAUAAUCGCUGUAGCCCCAGGUUUUCAGGUGGGCCCUAUGAGACCCAAUCAUAGUUUCAUGAAAACAAAGAAUAACUUGCUACCCAGAGAUCAAGGCCAAUGUUGAUACUAAUGGUAGAAACAAAGAGCUAUGACCCCAUCACAACCCGCUCCCCAGUUCAUAAGCUCAAUGGCACAGCUGGUACAUGAUGAGGUCAGUGGCACUGCACAUGCUCAGUAGGUCUGUGUUGUUGUUUGUGGCCCAUUGAGGCCAAGAUAACGUAAUCAUUGAUAAUGUAGUGUUAUAUCUGGCAAAGCUAAAGACUCAACUAAAAAAGCAAUUAAAACACAAUGUGAUUUGAUGUAGAUGAAAGACCUAUAUGCUAUCAUUUUUAUUAAUUAUCUAAAGGGUAAAUUAAGACUUCAGUGUUUGUGGAUAUGGAUAUGUGUAAGCCAUUGCAGUCUAGCUUAUGUAUCUGAACUGCAAACCUUUGAGAGUCAUUUACAAUCCCCCUAGUGCUCAUGCAGAGAGCAACCUGGUAGCGUAGAGUAGAGGUCAAGGAUGGCUAGAGAGCCAAAGGAUUGACCUUGGGCCAAUCUCUGAGGCUUGAGGGCCAGUGUAAUCUAUUUAUAUACUUCCUCUUUCAGUGGGGUCAGCAUUGAGUAAUCCUCAUUUUGUCAAUCUACUCUUUUUGCCAUUGGCAAAUUAAUCAG